GCUCAGACUGCUGGCUGAGAUCAUUAGUAGACACCAGGCUCCGGGACCUGACAUUCACCGAUCGGAAAAGCAGAGACGAGGGAAAGAAAGAAAGAGAGGGAGACAGAGUCACGUACGGAGAUAUUAAGAAACAAAACCACCACAAAAACCCCGACCGACCCUGGGAAGCUGGGACGGUGCAAAAACAGCGACCGAGGCGGACUCUCCGGUCUCUCAGCUCCGCCGUCCUCUGCACUGACGGCUGCAAGCGCGGUCUUGUCGCUCAUUUCUCUUCUCUUUUUUUUUUCUUCUUCUCCUCCCGCUGGAUUCGUGCUCACAUGCAGUCGGAUGUGGGCUGCUUGUUUUGACUGCAGCAGUAGUCCCGCUCCCCCUCCUCUUCCCUCGUCUCCUCCACCUCCCCGAUCCAGCGGAUUUGCGAAGGAGCCCGGCGCCGACUGAACGCAGCAGCGGCCCCGCAGGCAGCGCGCUCCGGCCCGCAGGAGCGUCUCUGCAGCAGCGGCCCCACAGGCAGCGCGCUCCGGCCCGCAGGAGUCUCUGCAGCAGCGGCGCUGCAGGACCGCGCUCUCCGUGCAAGUGGACGCAAACGCACGCCAAGUUUCCCGACUGGAUUUCCCCCCCACACACUUUUUUUUUCUUGUUUUGCUUUUUUGCCCUUGUGCGACUACCUUCAUUCUGUUAUUGCCUGCAAAAAAAAUAAUUAUAUAUAUAUUUAUAUAUAUAAUUUUUCUAUCCAGAGCACCACUGACGCCAUUUCCUUGGGGUUUUCUUUCAGCAAACAAACACACAACAACAAAAAAACAUUUAUUCCGUCUCCGUGUGACAGCUCCCCGGGAGGCUGUCAUCCCAUCCGUCAAGUCGUGUAAAAUGUGUCGGGGGCUAAAUGGAUUGUAAAUGAUCUUGAUGAAAUAUUCACACGCCAGAGCCGACUGUGUGCCAACAUUAGACAUGGACUGUCCCUGGCUUCGCUGUGCUCCUGUGGGACAACUAACGCAACUCCAGUAGCUGAUUUACAACAACCAACCAGUCCACCGGACUCCUGCUCUCUGUCUGCCUAUUGGCUGGCUGCCGUAGCUUCCCCCAUCCUGACUGGCUCUGGUGGGAGCGUGGAUGGAGCCAAGGGAUCUGGUUGGCUCAGCCCGACCCAAAGAGGCGGACCUUCAGGGAUGUAGGGUAGUGCCAAAUGAGGCGGACCAACUAGGAGCAGGUGGCAUUGGGUUGGUGCGCAGUGAUGAUGUGAUUAACGGUGGCGUCAGUGAAGGGGAGGGAUUAGAGGAGCAAGGGGAGGGGCUUAUGGAGGAGCAGGAGUUCUCCAUCAAGGAAGCAAGUUUCCAGGAAGGAAGUCUAAAGUUGAAGAUACAGACCACCAAGCGCACCAAGAAGCCCCCCAAGAGCCUUGAGAACUAUAUUUGCCCGCCGGAGAUCAGGAUGACCAUUAGGCCUCCAAUUGGAGAGGGCAAAGGGGGGCGGCAGGGGCGAACAGGAGGUGGGGCUGGAGCAGGGCGGGGCUCCAAGGACGAAGAACGAGGACCCCCCAGAAAAAGGACAUAUGAGCGCCAGUUCAGAAUGCCUGAGCAGAGAGAGGGAGGCCUUCUACAACUACUGGGAGAUCACAGUCUGCCCAAACACCAGCUUCGCAGCUCCCUUCCCCCUGCACCCACACUCUCACAGACACAGCAAACACAGCACACCCUCACACAAAAAUUCCAACAAACUCACGCACACCAACACCAAAUCAGUCCAGAUUGGAUCACUUCGACAGCACCUUCUUCAUCCCUAGCCCAUCCUGCAGACUCUGAGCCAGCCAGAGAUUUGGCAGGAGCCGGUAGAGGUGGUCUGCUUGAUUCAGCACAACCUUUCUCACAGACAACGCAGAGUCCUUCACCUCAGAGAUCCCUGACUCCAGACCUACAGCUCCCAGUGGUUACAGAUGCCAGUAUUCUCAACCUCACCUCCCUGAGCAGGGGGAAAGGUUUGCAAGAGGUCAGUGAACAGCUCUUUGGGAACAUCAAGAGGAAGUAUGGCAGGAAGGACUCUCAGAGGAUGCUCUGUAAUCCCCACAGUGUUGAUACUCAUUGGGGAAGGCAGCCAGAGAGGGGAUCGGAGAGCCCAUGCAUUUCAGAUGAAAGGCAGAAGUACACACAAGAGGACAUGGCAGAGCACUUCCAUGAAGAAAGAGAAGAAAGGAGAAAAGAGGAAAGAGAGCAAACAAUCACUGGAAGGAGAGGAGACGAGGAAGACAGAGGGAUGCCCAUACUGGCAGAGGAAGUCAAAGGAAGAAAGAGGAGGAGGAGGCCUUCUUUUGAUGAGUCAUUUUCUGUACAGGAGCAUUCACAGCAAAGGCCCCUGGAUACUACAGACAAGGCCCAGAGCGGCCCCCCAGAACCCAAAGUAGCACAUAAGAUAGAGGCUCCUAAACCUGAUUCUCAUCUCACAAGUCAGAGCGAUGGCAAUAGAGAGAGGAUAGACAAAGGUGACAGGGGGGAGAAAGCUGAUAAAAGAGAAAAAGGAGAUAGGAUUGAGAAGGGGGAAAGAGGAGAGACUGUUACAAGUGGGCCAGACCAGGAGUCCAAUCUGAGUGUAAAUAGAGUGAAAAAGAACCCUGUGGGUCGUCCUAAGAGUGGUUCAGAUAACCUUAAGCUCAGAGAGCCUAAUUACAAUCACAUUGGCAAAGCUCAUAUUAGUGCAGCCCCAAGACUCCUUAGCCCAAACCCUAGCCCAAACUCUCGGGUUAGUGUCAGUCCUGUCCCUAGCCCUAAACCCAGGGCUAAUAUUAGCCCUAGCCCAAGCCCUAGGUCCAGUUCAGACCUGAGUCCAAAUCUUAGCCUCAGCAUCACUUCUGCAGUCAGUUCCAGGCUAACCAAGAAGGCCAAUGAUAGAUGGUCCUAUCUGAAAGCUAAAAGCCAUGCAAGUCUCACGUCACCCCAGAAAGACAACCUGGGUAGCCCCUUAACCGUAGCAGAUCCACCCUCUGCUUUCCCGAUCACCCCCUCAAGCCCACUCUACACCAACACUGACAGCCUAACUGUCCAUGCUCCUAUUAAGAGGAAACGAGGACGCCCCAAAAAACAGCCGCUUCUUACUGUUGAGACCAUCCAUGAGGGCACAUCCACUUCACCUCCAAGUCCACUUUCACAGGAAACCCCGGCAGGGCUCAACCGUAGGAGAAAGACAUAUACACUAAACACACUGGUACAAAUGGCCUCUACAACAUCCAACGCAAGUUCUAACAGUCUCAAACUAAAGCGUGCCAGGGGCCAUUCCAAACCAGUGCAUAAGAUGAAGCUUGGGAAAAUGCAGAGUAUUCUCAAUGAGAUCCUUUCUGGAUCCAGUCAGAAUGGCACUUUGGCUCUAAAGUCAUCCUCCGCUCCUGUUAACUCAACUAUGAGUGCUAUGGCAUCCACCAUUGAGGCUCGACUGGGAAAACAGAUAAACGUCAGCAAGAGAGGAACCAUCUAUAUAGGGAAGAAGAGAGGGCGAAAACCCCGAUCAGAAACCCAAACCUCCAUCCCUCCCAAAACCACUAGGGACAAGCCACCAAAGUCUAUCUCAACGUCCAGUCUUUACGAGAGCCCUGCAGUGCCUUCUACCACCUCAUCUCCCAGUUCUAGUGCUAUAUCCCUAAGAGCCAGCAGCUCAGAGGCAACCAUGCCCAGUUUGCAACCCAUCUCAGCCCUGCCAUCCAAACCACCAGGCAGGACCUUUCUCUCAGGGGGUUGGAAGCUUUCUCCUCCUCGCCUUCUGGCCAAUUCACCCUCUCACCUGUCAGAGGGAGCAUCAGUGAAGGAGGUGACUCUGUCCCCCAUCAGUGAGUCCCACAGUGAGGAGACCAUUCCCAGUGACAGUGGUAUUGGGACUGAUAACAACAGCACCUCAGAUCAAACUGAGAAGGGUCAUGCCUCUCGUUGCAGGUACUCAUUUGAUCUGUGUGGGUUCGAGUCGGUGGAGGCUGCAGCUUUGGAUGCAUCUAACCGGGGCAGUAGAACACGUGGUGAACGUCAAGCUAUUUUUGUUGACAGCUUUCUGUCGCAGCAGGAAAAGAAGCAAAAACAUCAUCGAAGGAAGAGGAAGUGCCUACAGAGCCGAGAUCAUCUUCACUUCCUCUCUGAAUUGGAGGAGGUUGUGUUAAAGCUCCAGCAGCUACGAGUGUCUCACAGACGAUACACCUGCUACCCCCAGCAUCCAUAUCCUUCCAUUUUUCGCCUCAACUUCCAUCAUUACUACCCAAUUAGCUACGACCCAUACCCCUGUGACCCCAGCUCAUACCUGCGCAGGAGUGCUGAUCUUAAGGCCAAGAGGAGACGUGGUCGUCCAGCCAAAGCCAGCGAGCCAAUCACAUCCAAACUGCCUUUUGUUCAAGGAUAUGGUUAUCCGCUGGGAGGAGGAAAUUACUAUGCAGCACCGUAUGCGAUGCCUUAUGCACCUCCUCUGAGUCUGGGCUACUUUCCCCCCACUCCCCAAUUUUACCUGCCCCACCAUUCGUUUGGACCUGCUCCCCCAUCUCCUUUCAUGAGGCCUGCUGUCCCUCCUCCUAAAGCUUUCCAUUCCAGUGGACUCUCAAAACUGCAGGCAGGGACCAAGCUACGCAGCACAAGCGGUCAACUCCAGAGCCCUACUGUAAGACCAGAGGGUCUAGGAUCCCUGAGCAGUGGCAGUGCGGGUGGUCUUGCAGGGGUCCGUCUUCAUAAGAGGAAGCACAAGCAUAAACAUAAGCACAAGGAUGAAUCCCUCCUUUCGCCACGAGACCGACAGGAAUUGGGUGGACUUUUCAGUGGAGCAAAGACCAAUGGUCGCCUCAGUUUGCUCAGCGAGAGGAGGGACUUGGCCAGUCAGGGUUCUUCAAAGCAUCUGGAGAAGCAGAGGGGCAAUGGUAGAGUCUCAAACUUGGGAUCCAGCCUAGGGAUUUUUGAGUCAGACCAGCUGUCCACACAUUCACUUUCUGAUAGUCAGUUUCACUCCCGUCAGACUACACAGCCAGGAAAGAGUUUCAUGAACAGCUUCAGCAGCCAAUCGCAGCGUUCAGAGUCAGCUUCUGACCUCUUUUCGGGGUUAAGAGAGGAUGAGCGUGUUGGGAAAAGCAGGAGGACGAGGCUCACUGUGUUUGGAAAUCAGGGCAUAAUGUCAUUCCAAAUGGCCAGACAGGAGCCGGGACAGUUGAACACGUGUUCCAGUCCACCCCUCACCGGUGUUCCCGGUAAGCGGCGGUAUAAACGUCGUGAGGUGGAACAGAUUCAGAAAGAUGUUAGGAAGAUGCAUCCUUUGAACUUUGAUCAUGUGCAGAAGAUCCUCCGUGCCAAGCGCCUGCAGCGACAAGCCAAAACAGGAAAUAAUGUCAUCAAGAGACGGCCUGGACGACCCCGAAAACAACCCUUAGAAGAAUCAGAGCUGGCCAGCAUUAGGAAGGUAGAUUGGCCUAAUGGUCAUGGUUUGGACAUAAUGGCCAGUAGAGGCGAUGGGAAGACUCUGAGGAUGCCUGUCCUGGAGAGAUGUGAUAACCUGCAUGGUAGGCAGAGCCUCAGGCCAACCUUGGCUCCCAAGCCUCUGGAGUUUUCCAAUCACGAUUCCAUCUCAGCAACUAUUGAGACUGUAGUGCAUCAAGCGCGGGCUGUACUUCCACUGGCUAAAGAGGGGAAACGCAGAGGCAGUGGCCACAGCAGGGACGAAUUAUGGGCUCCUACCAGUCAAUAGAGUUGCAGGAGGGUACGACUCCAGAACUGAGCGGAGAGCAGUUGACGGAGUCAGUGCUGGUUCAAGCCUAUCUGAUGCAGUGCCCUUAAUCUUGGGACUCUUUGAUGCACUUUGGCGUGUUUCUCCACCCUAAUCUGUUGUGAGGAACGCUGGGUUAGUGGUGGAGAAGGAGGAGAGAGUUUUCGCUCUACCAGACAUGGGCCUUUCAAAGAUUCAAUGGACCUUCAUUUACACUGGCACUAUAUGGUACUAUUUGAUACUGAAUCUGAUGAUAUAAAAAAUGUGUGGUACUUAUGAUAGUGUAGGAUUUUAAGUGAUUCUUUAUGUAUCUGAUACAGUGAUGUGUAUGGUACUUUAUAAUACUGUAUCUGAAUGUGGCUUUAGCCAUAUAUUUACCAGCAAGGGGAGGGGUAAUGGUUAAUAUAAAACUGUGCAGCUCUGCUUAUUUUUGCCUUUCUGAACAAACUCAUCAAAGACAUACAGGAUAAUAUGUCAAUCAUUAAGCCACCUUGCCCUCUCUGUGUUUCUGCCUCCAUCCUACAUCUCUAGUUUCCCUGCCCUCUUAAAGAAGUAACCAACAUUUCCUGAUACCUCCCCCUCCCUGCUUGACACAUUUCCCCAACUUUUUUUUUUUAGCCUUCCCUGGUGUCUGCUACUCAACUCCAUCUCCUUUUGUCCCUGCAUCUGCUUCCACCAGUGUUUUAUGUCUCCUAUUGCGUGAGCUUCCCCAGUUUACUCCCAGUACCCUGCUCAGGCCUCACCUGGACAGUGAGGUAAAGGCAAUAUGGUGGAUAAGACGUUCCCAGACUGUACAUAGAAAAAAAAAAGUCCACGGUUGCCUGCCUUGUAUAAUGGAAAACCAGCUCAUGGGUGUGUACUGGCAUACAGUAUAUUAAAUAGAAUUGUUGUACCAUAGACAAUGAAAGUGUGUAUUGUUUUAUAACCAAAAACAGACAUGGGUGUGACUCAAGACAAGUUUGUUUUAAGACCGAAAAACCACAUAUAUUCAUUCAUACACUUGUUAUUGUCUUUAUAUCCAGGGGGCAUUGGAUACGGGAGGGAUGUCAGGUGUGUUUUUGGUAAAAACCUUAGAGUUGGUUUAAUGCACUAUGAAAAACCAUUCACUUGCAUCAAUCAAAUGCAGCACUUACAUGCUUAUUCUAGCCUUAUGUUUUGGCAUUUGCUGGUUUGGGUAACCAUUCCAAAGAGCAUGCAUUAUUUUAAUCAAUUCGUAUAUGCAGGCUGCGCAGCCAAAAGCGUAAAACGGAAGCCUGAGUUUGAAUGGUAAUUGGGUAGUUGAGCAGAAGAGGACAUAUUCAGUGUUCAGAAGAUCUAAUCCAUCUCUUUCUACUUAACAUGCUUUUAAAAAAAAAAAAACUCAUAUCCUUGGAAGUAUUUUUGGAAAACGAAUCCAAUAUUUAGAUUUAGAAACCAAAGUCUCAGUGUUCAGUGUUACGGAUGUAUUAUUUAAAGUAUCUAAAUCAGAGCUUAAAAAACUCUUCACCAUGUUGACAGCAACUAAAAAGCAUUCCUGUGUGCACCGUAGAAUGUAGCCAUAUAGGAUAUUUUGUGUCAAUAUGUCAAGCUUUUGUUAAACUUUCUCUACAGUAUCUGUGACUUUGGGUUGUGGUUAGAAUUUGCUAAGUUCAGUAUUUCAGUGUAUAAGCAAAGGAUCAGUGUUUAUUCUUGGCAGUGUUUUCUUUGGGUGGGAUUCUCAAUUGCAGCAGUUCAGCUUGUGCCUUAUGUUUCUUUCUCUCACCGAUUACAUUUUAUCUGAGAAAUAGAAAGUGGCAAAGAGUGCCCCAUAGAAUGACCCAAAAUAUCCAUGAUUGUGCAUAUGUCACAUGUGUCUUAGUCAUCAGAACCCUGACACUGCCUGUGUCCCUUCACAGCUUCCAUUGUCAGCAUCCUCUGUCACCGGGCACUGAGCUUGUCUGUCUCCCAGCUUCCUCCAAGUUUUCUGACCCAUAUCAUCACGACAGAGCUAGAGGGGCCGGACUUACUGUAUUAAAUACACAUCAUGUACUGACCUAGAUACUGCUGUGCAGCAGCAGUGGAAACAAAAAGGCCCACUGUGUCAGAUGUGCUUUUAUCCAGAGAUAUUUAUUGUACUCACUCUCUUAGAAGUAUAAUUGAAGAUCACUUACUCUGCCUAGUAUGUAACGAAUUAUUUACGACACACAAUUGGCUACAUACCUCGCAAAGGAGGAACAGAGGCGGUUGUCAUGGAUACCACAUUCUCAUGUACUGUUGUUUGCUAUGCAUCAGGCCAUACCUGGCAAUGACCUUAAAAGGAAUUUCUGUUCUAGGUCCACCCGUCAACAAAGAGAAAUAAGUGGUCUUAUUUACUAAAUAAAAUUCAUGUAACAAGAAUUGUGAAUAAUACCAGUAAUAAUUUGUAAUAAGUUGUGCAGAAAGUGACUAUCAUUUCAUAAAAACUAUAGUUACUGCCACGCUAUGCAGUACAGCCUUAAACAGAUGUUAAACUAAAGUAUUGACGUGUUUGUUGUAAAUACUAUUAUUUUUGUCCAUCCUGCGUGGAUACCAGUUGGGUACAGCUAUGCUUGGGUGUAUUUACUCUUCCAAAACCACAGUAGACCAUAUGUCUCCAUCAAGACUGUUUAAGACCCAAGAAGGCCUGCAGAGAUUUAUAGCGUAAUUUAUUUUCAAAUUUGUUAAUUACAAAUAAGUACAAGGAUGGUCUUUAUUCCAGCCUGAUCAAAUAUAAAGGAUACAAAAGUAAUCUGCCUUACUACGAUUAUAAAAGUUCUUGGAGCCCCAUUGUAGAUUGCUCGACCAAAAAUAGCCAUCCCAGCUUACUCGUAGCUACUCCGCCUGCAGCCAGUCGGGGCAGUGCCGUAGCGUGCAGAGUGAGCAAAAGGGUUGUGUGCUAGGGGAGUUUUCAGAGGAAAUAGCCAAAAAUACUCUCGACCUAACAUUAGUGUGCUUAACCUUACUUUGCUAGAUAACUUUCAGUGGGUCUGCAGUCUGUUGUGAAGAUGAGAUGUAGACAUGUGGGCUGCUUACUCCUCCCUACUGUGGUCAGGCAGCUGUCUCUGAUGCUAGAGUUAAAGGCCCCAGGUAAUGUCUGUCCUUUCUGUCUCUCCUACCAGCCAAUGCUCCGGUGCCUUCUAACACUGACAAGUAUUGUCCUAAUCCAGAGCUUUCACUCUACAUGGAGACUGCAGAGGGGAUGUGGUUGUGAAUAGGGUUCAUGCUCCCUGGUGUUGUAAUAUAUACUAAGCAACCAGUCUGGACCACUGGGUACCACUAAACACUGAUGUAAGCAUCCUUUACCGUGUCUUUGCUUCUAGCACUAAGGGCAGCGCAACAGUGUUUGAUCUUACAUUUGUGGCGGUGGUGCUUUUACUGUACAAUUACUCCACAUUCACCACUUCGAUACAGCAACUAGGACGAGAGAUACCUAAAUUUAGUUCACCCCCAUUUCCUAUGUAGCAUGCAGUGUUGGAGUGAGGGGUCAUGUGAUGCAGAGCCUCAUAACUGUACAUGUAGUCAUCCUCACACCAUAUGUUACCAUUCAAAGCUAUAAAAGUUUUUCAAACCUGAAAGUGCAGAUGACACAUUGAGAAAACCAAUAAAUGUAUUUCUGUAGAGCACAAAGUCAGCUCUUCUAACAGUGUGGGCAUAUUUUAGUUUGUAUACAUAGUGUAUUUGAACCUUUUCUAGAGUGGGUUUCCUUUAUUUGCAUGCUCAAUUUGAUUGUAUGCAUAAAUAUUUUAGACAAGCCGAAAGUUGAAUUUCAAUUAAAUUUGGAGCAAGACUUGUACAUUGUUUGAUAUGUUUCUUUUUGUAUUGAAUUUUUUAAUUCAUGAGGCAUUUUGUACAUUGUAUGAAUAUUAAAACUGAAAAUAUUUGACAUAUAGAGUAAAUACUAGAUGCGCAUGCAUAUGCAUAUAUCCUUCACAGUAUGUAUGUGUAAAUGUACACAUAUAUUUUGUAUUUGCAUCUGCCAGCAUACAGGUAUAUGUCUUAAGCACAUAUAUACAUGUAAUAUAUAUAUGUAUAUUCAUGUCUGCUGGCAUGCUUUUGGUCAUGUUUAUCUUUCAUGAUCUUGUAGGUUCAUUUUUUUUUUAUUCCUUUUUCCUCAAAAAGAAAGGCUCAUUCUUUUGCUACCCUUCUGUUGGCUGGCAGCAUUGAGCACUUAUUAAGAAGAACUACAGUUGAAGUUGUUCAUGUUAUCCAUUGUGUGAAAUAAUAAAUGACUUUAUUGACAGUU